UGCUGUGUUAUUACUUGAAACUAUAUCAUAAAUCUUGAAAUUGUAUAAUUAUUUAUUUUUUGGUUUCCAUGUUAUUCUUAGAUUCCUUUCAUGGUGCAUGCAAAAUAUGUCUUUACAAGAAACGGCAAUUAGUUGUACCUCGCACUCCAAUGAAGAAGAGGAUCUUCUAAACCAAAUGAGGAUAUGGCCUGAAAUAAGAAAGGAUGAGGACUGUUUCCCCAAAAAUGUAUUGCACUCCAAACAAAGGCUCCAUGAUACAAGACAGAAAGAAGCCACGCAAGAAAUCCAAGCCCAAUCAGAACAACAACUUAAUGAAGAUGUUGCUGACAUCAGAUGGUGUGGUUGUGGAAACUGUACCCCGAUGCCUUCACUUAUAGAACACCUAUGCUGUCAUGAGCAACCAAUUAUAUUUUCCAAAAUUCCUGAUGAAAGAAAUUGUAUCACUGAGUGCAAAUUCUUUAACGAGUUGAUCAGCAGGGAAAGGGCUGACUUGAACUUUAAAAUGACGACUCUGGGCUUGAGAAAGCAACCCAACGAUGCAGAAUAUACGAGAGGCCUAAGAAAAGCAAGUUAUAGGAACUUCAGUGUAUGGAUUUAUGGAAACCUUGGUACCAGCCGUACAAAACCAAUUCCAUCUUGUGUGGUUAAAGUUAUCAGAUCUUCCUUCCCGGACCCUCAAAGUAAAAAUAUUGGCUUCCUUUGAGCCAAUGAUUCUGCUGAAGAGGAUUCUUUAAAGUACCUGUUUCUGUUACUUAAUAUCUUGAAUUAUUUAAAAAUAGUGAUGGGCGAAUUUGCACUGUUUCACUUCGCCGUAAAAUUCGUGAAUUUCCUGCGA